UUACGUUUUCCAGCAGAAACUCCAAAACGGGAGGAAUAGCCUACUCCGGUCGCAGAAGUUGAUAAACGACAACAGAAAGCUACAGAAGAUUUUGCAAGUUUUGAUGCAUCUGGAAUAUCUUUUAGUAUUUCUAGAUCCUGGACAUUGUUAAAAGACUACCUCACCAAGAACAUUUCAUCCCGCAAUGACGUGUUUUUCGAUUUGAAAGAUAUAGAGUGUUGCUGUAAUCAACAGAAGAGGCAUAAUUUAUUUUUCUAAAGUGGACCAUUGUCCUCAGUCAGCUGAUUUAUCGAUGUGGCAUACCGUUUCUCUCCUUCCGCCAGGCUGAAAUCCACCAAGUUGAGGACCACCCUCAUGGCGGCUUUUUUCUUUGGGCUGCUUCUUAUCGCAAUACAGUCACCUCCCAUCCCCUCCAGGCCAAUGGAGAGGAGCAAGGAUGACUGGCAAGCCCCUCCAUCCCCAACUGCCUCCUCCUUUAUGACCCCCACCGACAACAGGACCUUCGGUCACCCCAACGGGACCUUCCAGCAGCUUCCCAGCAUCAUCAUCAUCGGUGUGCGGAAAGGCGGUACCCGAGCACUCAUUGAGAUGCUCAGCCUGCACAGCGCAGUGGCGGCAGCUGAGAACGAGGUGCAUUUCUUUGACUGGGAAAGCCACUUCCAAAAGGGCAUUCCAUGGUACCUUAGCCAGAUGCCCUUCGCUCAUUCCGACCAACUGACAGUGGAGAAAACCCCUGCCUACUUCACCUCUAGCAAGGCGCCCAAACGAAUCCAUAGCAUGAACCCAGAUAUCAAGCUGCUGCUCAUUCUCCGGGACCCUACUGAGCGGGUUCUCUCAGACUACACCCAGGUCUUCUACAACCGUCUGCAGAAGCACAAGCGUUACCAGCCCAUCGAGUCAGUGCUGGUGAAGGAUGGGGAAGUUAACCUAGGAUACAAAGCCCUGAACCGCAGCUUGUAUCAUAUGCACCUUCAGAACUGGUUGCGUUACUUCCCCCUACAGAGCAUCCAUGUUGUUGAUGGGGAUAAGCUGAUCAAGGACCCUUUCCCAGAGAUUAAAAGAGUGGAGAGGUUCCUGAGCCUAGAACCGCAGAUAAAUGCAUCAAACUUCUAUUUCAACAAGACUAAAGGCUUCUACUGCCUGAGGGACCACGGACGAGAGCGCUGUUUACAUGACUCUAAGGGUAGAGCACACCCUCAUGUGGCUCCUGCUAUUCUCCACAAACUCUACAGAUUCUUUCAUGAACCCAAUAAGAAGUUCUUUGAGCUGGUGGGCCGAACAUUCAACUGGAACUGAGCUGGUCCGAGUACUCAGAGAGACUGUUUUCAGACAGGUUUGUUUUAACCUUGCUUCUGCUGCUCAUGUUAAAGAGCAGAUGUUGAAGCUAGUGUAUAUAGUAAGUAAUAUUAAGUUAGUUAUAUUUUUUAUUAUUUGAAUAAACGUAUAUGAAACAUUCUGACAAACAGCAGUCAAGGCAUACAAAGUUUUUUGUUGAUGUCUUCAUUUAUGGCUUUUUUAAAACUUUUUCUUUCAUAUUUGUUUUUGUCAAUUACCAGGGUUGUAUUAAUUCAGCCAAAUAUAAAAUGUUAUUGGCGAAAAACAUUUAGUCAAAUAGUUUGUAUUGGACAAAUGCAGGUAGGGCUCUGUUUUCUUUGACAAAACAGUCUGGGACCAACCUAAAUCUGUCCAAAAGAAACAAAAGGUUUUGCUAGUAAUGUUUUGUUUGGCCAGGUGUCUUCACCUCUCUGGAUAGCUGAGACAUGUAAAUGGUUAUUUUCAGGUAAUGUAUACCUUUUUAAUUUAAACCCCACUAUGAAGAAACAUGUACGGGUCUAUACGCUGCUAUAUGGUUUUGUUGUUUUUUGUAAUUUUUUGACACAUUCAUACUAAAUAUACAAUGUGUUUUUUUAAUCACUUAAUUAAUUCUUAAAAUAAGAGUCAAAUAUGUUCAAUGAUAUGUAAACAAUUCACAAUGUUUAUAGGACUGUAUACUGUAAAUAAUAUUCUGAUAGGUUUUCUAAGGUAAAAGAUGAAUUCAAUAAUAAAGCUGUAUUUUAUUA